AUGUUGGCCCGCAAGAAAUGGAGAGGAGUUGCGGCGGGCGGUUCAGCAUUCCGUCUUCACUUUGAAAGGGAAUAUUCCGGUAAUGGACCUCUCAGAUUAACACAGCUACCACGGCACAUCCUCAACAAUAUACCAGAGCAGAAUGUCGUCGACAUCAUCUUCACCAUGGAUAGGCUGUGUACGCAGCACUGCUCGGAGCGCAGCACCCUGUCAGACCCCAAUAUUGAUGAGACUUUCACGGAGUUGAAGAAAGUUUUGAACAUGUUGAUGAGCUUUGAGCCAAGGAGGAUGCAGACCAAUGACAUCGUAACAACUGAUGACACUCAGGACAAGUUUGCUAGAACCUUCUCAGAUCUAGGGGGCGUUGAGAUAAUGGUGCGGUUUCUAAUGGCAGGGACUGUUUUGCCCAGAGCUGCCCUGAGCAGAGUAGAUAAAAAAUCUGUGGUCAGCGAGUCAGCUAGAGCACUGAGGAUCAAGAGCCUGAUACUAGAAAUCUUAAUCAAGCUGAACACUGUGUGUGUCGGCGACAAACCACUUUCGAAAGAGCUGUUCUGUGAUGAAACCAUGAACUACCUGUUCUCUUUGCUGGCCAGUAGGAAGACCUACGUUAAUGCCUGCCAGCUUAUAGAGGACAUUCUGCAGCAUAGAAAGGAUGUCCUAGAUCUACAUCGCAUUACCAACCUUCGAGCUUUAAUUGCUUACCUGGACGACUCGCAGCUGGCCAACUUCUGCAGGAUAUUAGCUGUAGCCAUUUCUGAUCUGGACAUUUAUGAAAAUAAGUCCUCAUUGUUUGCACAAAACAAACAGAAGAGGAGUAAGGGAUUUGUGAAUCUAAGAGACAUCAAUCAAGAACUACUGUUGGGUAUUCCAGACCUGUUGCCUCGUCUUGUACAAAUAGCAAUCAACAAAGAAUAUACACCUCGAUACAGAGGUAUGCCCAGUGAGUUGGACUGCUGGAUGGAGUGGAUUGACAACAAAAUGGCAGAUGAAGUCUAUGAGCCAGAGGCCACAGAUGAUUUUGAAGAUUUUGUUGGAGGUGUUUCUGAGCCAACUUCUGAAGGCAAUCCUAUGGUGACCCAGCAGGCUCUGGCAAUAACCGAAGAACUGGUCCAACGGGUAGAGGUCGUGUACGUGUUGGGACUUUUUUUGCUGGGGAAACAUAGAAAAAAGGUACAACGAAAACUGGCAGAGUUAAAACUGGCCUCAGGUCUGAGCGAGUUAUUUGACCAAUUCAUCUGGAAAUGCCAAGUCAGCCGUUCACAGACAAGGCACAGGUUGAGGGGGCACAACUCUUCAUGUGAAUGCAGUCCUGAAGUGGCUUUGAAGAUUCAGUUUUUACGACUUGUCCAUAGUUUCUGUGAUCAUUCUGAAUAUAAACACUUAUUGUUAUCAAAAAGUGAGCUUAAUGAAGUGAAGAAAAUCAAUGUGCGAGCUGGAGGCUUGACGCUUCAGAGUUUGGAUGGCAUAAACAAGCAGCUCAUGUGUAAAGGUUCCCGUGGUUUGCUGACCAAGAUUGUGGAUGUGAUGAAGAAGGAACCUACUACCUCGACCUUCAGGUUUUGGCUGGCCAGGGCGGUGGAGAGCUACCUGCGUGGGGACACUUCCUAUUGUGACCAGAUUUUCUUGAUGAGGCGAGGACUGCUUACGCAUGUUGCAGGCAACAUUGUGGAGAAUGAGAUCCGCCACAAGGAGAUCUUGCAGAGCAGCUUUGACUUGCUGGGGGAGCUCAUCAAAUUCAACAUUGAGGCAUUCAAAGCCUUUGACGCCAUCCUUGCCACGGAGCAGAAGUUUGAGAAGUUUGUCACCAUGGUUAACCGAAACCUUGUGGACUCCAACAUGUUCAUACGUAGUCUGGUUCUCUCGCUGGAGCACUUCAGGGCCGAGGGUACGGAAAAAACUUUGAACUUUGUUGCCCCAGCGGAAGGGGACAAGGGCAGCGGCGAGAGACGAGAAAGCAAGCUGGUCAACUACAUCGGGAAUUUCACCCGGCAGCUAGACUACCUCUUCAAGCUGAUCAACAUCAUCAGCGUGCAGAACCUGACCCAGGAGAACGUCAGCUGCCUCAACACCACCCUGGUGUUCCUGAUGUUUGCCAACAAACGCAACCAGCUGCCUCUCUACCUGCAGGCUUUAGGGGAGAAGCAGGAUGAGUCUCUGGACAACGUCAACGGCUCCUCUAGCAUUUUACAGAACUUCAGGGACCUUUUGAUAUUCUGGCAAGACCAUUAUCUGCACAAAGACAAAGACUGCAGUGCCUUGGAGAAGAGCUCAAAGAUAGACUUUGCCUACUGGAAAACUACGGUAUCCAUGCUGGUAUCUGACGACAAGAAAUCCCCAACUUCCGUCUGUUACUACAUCAACCCGUUACCUAGCGACAGGACCAAUUAG